GCACAGCGGAGCGCACGCGACGCAGCGCGCAGCUCCGGACGCACCUGACCAGACCCGGAGACUAAACAUCCCCGUGACGGAUUCUGCGUUCACGCGCUGUGGAAUGGAUUGUUCGGUCCGAACCUUAAAACUCGGAGUGUGCUGAGCUCCUCCUGCGAUGCGCCACAACAAUCUGCGGGGAAAACUUACGGACACGCCACGCGAGCGAUGGACACAACGCACACGCGCUGGAGACAUAACAUGCUGAAUGGGUGACAAGGUCCCAGUCUCUUCACCUACCACGUGAGCCCCCCGUACCCUCCCCCCUCCCAUCGCACUGUGCAGGACAGGUUCCCCCGACGGACUUGCAGGGAUGUACCAGGAGGUGGCUUUCUUGGCAGGUAACACAGAUCACCAGUUCACCACUUUCCGCUUUAAACACGUGGAGAAUCCACAGGAGGUCACUUCCAAGAAGGGUGUGUUCUACAAGCGUGUCCAGUUCUUGCAAAAGCCUCAGGCUUGCCAGCAGGAAGUUGAUGAUGGGGCGGCUAUUAUCAACGUUGGAGGGAUCAAGUAUUGCAUCCCCUGGUCCACGUUGGAAGAGUUCCCGCUGACGCGCCUGGGAAAGCUCCGCAGCUGCAGCAAUGAGGCGGAGAUCAUGGACGUGUGUGAUGAUUACGACGGCAGUCGCAACGAAUACUUCUUUGACAGAAGCCCAUCGGCUUUCCGCACCAUCGUGAGUUUCUUGGCAGCGGGGAAACUGAGGCUGCUGAGGGAAAUGUGCGCCCUGUCCUUUCAGGAGGAGCUGCUCUACUGGGGGGUCGAGGAGACCAACCUGGACUGGUGCUGCCUCAGAAAGCUGCGGCUCAGGCAAGAGGAAUACAAGGAGCAGCAGAGGCUCGAAGAGGAGGACGCUGAGCUGACCUCGCCGCAGUCCUGUGAGGAGAGCCAACCGCCUCCUUCGGCCGGGAGCCAGGAGGAGGGACAAACGGGGGACUGCAUGCGGAGACUGAGAGACAUGGUGGAGAACCCCCAUUCUGGACUGCCAGGGAAGAUCUUUGCCUGCCUGUCAGUGUUAUUUGUAGCCAUCACUGCUGUGACGCUGUGUGUUAGCACCAUGCCAGACCUCAGAGCGGAAGAGGAGAGGGGUGAGUGCUCCCAGAGGUGCUACAACAUCUUCGUGCUGGAGUCGGUGUGCGUCGCCUGGUUCUCGCUGGAGUUCCUGCUGCGCUUCAUCCAGACACAGAGCAAGUGUAUGUUCUUACGUACGCCUCUCAAUGUCAUCGACGUGGUGGCCAUCCUGCCCUACUACGUCACCAUCAUCGUGGACUCUCUGUCGGUGGGAGGGAGACCUGCAGGAUCGGGGAACAGCUACCUGGAGAAGGUGGGACUUGUCCUCCGUGUCCUUCGGGCUCUGCGGAUCUUCUACGUGAUGAGGUUGGCUCGCCACUCCCUGGGCUUGCAGACACUGGGUUUGACCGUGAGGCGCUGCACGCGAGAGUUCGGCUUGCUGCUGCUGUUCCUGUGUGUAGCGAUGGCCCUUUACUCCCCGCUGGUGUUUCUAGCAGAGAGUGAAAUGGGGGCCAAGCAGGAAUUCACCAGCAUCCCCGGCAGCUACUGGUGGGCGGUCAUCUCCAUGACGACGGUGGGCUACGGCGACAUGGUGCCGAGAAGCAUCCCCGGUCAAGUGGUUGCGCUCAGCAGCAUCUUGAGCGGGAUCCUGCUCAUGGCCUUCCCCGUGACAUCCAUCUUUCACACCUUCUCCCGCUCCUACGUGGAGCUGAAGGAGGAGCAGAACCGAGCGCUGAGGCAGAAGCCGGACUCACAGGACAGCACCAAGUCCCAGAACAGCGACGACUCGCAGGAGACGGACAGCUACCACGGUGUCGCCGAGGCUGCAGCGUCUGUGACGCAGAGACGGAAGUCGAUGGCUGUGGUCUCUCAGAGGGCAGCGGAGGUCAGGUCCACGCAAAACUAACUGCUUCGCCUGUCGGCGUCGGAACGUUGGAGGAUUGUGAACUAGGAUUUUCUUUUCAGGAGCUCGGUGCCUUUGUUUUGGGCACCAGAGCGAAUCUAAGCUUUGAGCUUUCAGAGGAGCUACAGACGUCUCUUUCACAGCUUUCAAAAGAUUGACACAAUUAUCAAAAUAUAUUAAAAAAAACAGUGAAGUUGAAAAACAAAACAAAACAAAUGUUUCCUAAUUCUCCCAGAAAAUUACAGGAAGCAUCCAUGUGUGUCUGAUGGACUGUUGGAAAAAAAACUCAACAUUUAAUGAACUGAUUUUUAACAAAAAAGAAAAUGUUCUUUAAAUGGGCCGUAUUAUGCAUAAAUUUCCCCAAAUUACUGUGUGACGACGUACUGUGGAAAUGUUUUAGACUUUAAAAAAAAAAAAAGUCAAACUGCGAUAUC